CAAACUUUCCAGUGUUUCCACUGAGCGCUCUUGAGUCCGCGCGCUUGAACAUGUUUCACGCAACUUGUCUCCAGGGUUGUUCCUGUGUGGAGGACCAGAAGGUUGCCGUCUUCUGUGCUCGGAGCUCGGAGCUCACAGCUCAGCAUGCACAGGCGCUGUUUUGAUCAGAUACUCAGGAUCUCCAGAUCAGCAGCUCCCCGUGACCGCACGGAUGACUUUUCACUUCAACGUUCAACUUUUGCUUUGCGCGCAGGUGCGUUCCGGGCUGCAGUCACCGCGCAUUAACAUGCUUUUAAGAUAAUUGCUUUUCAAGAGAACUGCUUUUGGUCUUCUGACACGCGCGCGCCGGUUUCUUUUUCCGCUCGCUCUAUACAUACAAUGUAAUAAUAAGACGGGAUCCCAACACUUAUGGCGCUUUUGUGUGAGAGUUGAGAUCCAGUCCGGCUCUAACGCGUUGUCCUGCGAGCAGAAGGCAUGCUGGGUGGCCCGUCCAAAAACGGCGGUGUGAGGAUGCUCGCUCCCACGGCGCCCGACGACGACCGGCGCGUGGAGUUUGUGGCGCUGGCGGCGGUCAACACCGAGCCUCCGAGUCCUGAGCGCGCGCCGCCUUCACAGCGCACCGGCCUGCUGGGAACCACGUACCCCGUUCCCCCCGGCCCCCGAGCCACCGUGUCUGCCUCCAGCAAGCGCUACCGCAAGAUCCAGAACUGCCUCUACAACGUGCUGGAGAGACCGCGAGGAUGCGCUUUCAUCUACCACGCGUUCAUUUUCCUGCUGGUGUUCAGCUGUCUGGUGCUCUCUGUCUUCUCCACCAUUCCCACCCAUCAGGAAACUGCCAACCAGGGCCUCUUCAUCUUGGAGUUUGUGAUGAUUGUAGUGUUUGGUUUAGAGUACAUUGUAAGAGUAUGGGCAGCUGGCUGCUGCUGUCGCUACAGAGGAUGGCAGGGUCGUCUCCGUUUUGCGAGGAAACCCUUCUGCAUUAUAGACUUCAUCGUGUUUGUGGCGUCACUGGCUGUGAUAGCAGCAGGAACGCAGGGAAACAUCUUUGCCACAUCCGCGCUACGUAGUAUGCGCUUCCUGCAGAUACUGCGAAUGGUGCGCAUGGACCGCAGAGGUGGCACUUGGAAACUACUGGGCUCUGUAGUGUAUGCACACAGCAAGGAGCUUGUCACAGCAUGGUACAUUGGCUUCCUGGUACUGAUAUUUGCCUCAUUUUUGGUCUAUUUGGCCGAAAAGGACAUCAACACAGAGUUCUCUACCUAUGCAGACUCCCUCUGGUGGGGAACUAUUACACUGACUACAAUUGGCUAUGGUGACAAGACUCCUCACACGUGGCUCGGUCGUCUUCUAGCGGCAGGCUUUGCCUUGUUGGGGGUCUCUUUUUUUGCCCUGCCUGCAGGAAUCCUUGGUUCAGGUUUUGCACUGAAGGUUCAGGAGCAGCACAGACAGAAGCACUUUGAGAAGAGAAGAACUCCUGCAGCCACCCUCAUUCAGGCUGCGUGGCGUCUCUAUUCUACAGAUGUUCGUCAUUCGUAUCUCACAGCUACCUGGUACUUCUAUGACAGCAUGCUCCCAUCCUUCAGAGAAUUGACGUUACUGUUCAGUCACCUUCAACGUCAACGUAACACCAAGAAGUUUCUUCACAACUACCACACGCUGCUGUCAGGGCUUCGGCCCUACAGUUCCCUCUAUAUGUCGGGGGACAGUAUAAGGAAUUCUGAAGUCACAAGUGGGAAGAUUGGAUUUCGUGACCGCAUUAAGAUGAACAGUUCCCGCUCCACUCAGGCACUACGGAGCAAGGCUUCUUCCCCUGUACCACCAGGAAGUGUGCGGCAAUCACCUAGCAAUGAAAAUGUGCCGGAAGCCACCAGUCCCACUAAGGUGCAGAAAAGUUGGAGUUUCAACGACCGAACCCGCUUUCGCACUUCUUUACGGCUGAAAGCACGUUCCACAGAUGUGGAGGGAGUUGGUGAGGAGAACACAGAGGACAAGUCGUACUGUGAUGUUGCUGUAGAGGAUGUCAUACCAGCAGUAAAGACUCUGAUUCGUGCAGUUAGGAUACUGAAGUUUUUGGUCGCUAAGCGCAAGUUUAAAGAAACACUACGACCAUAUGAUGUGAAGGAUGUGAUUGAGCAGUAUUCUGCAGGACACCUGGACAUGCUGGGCAGAAUAAAGAGUCUGCAGCUGAGAGUAGAUCAGAUUAUAGGCCGUGGUGCUGUUCCAUCUGAUAAAAGGGGAAGGACAGAAAAAAGUGAAAAGACUCCUCCGGAACUGGAUCCACUGGAUGAGCUGAGCAUGAUGGGGCGUGUAGUUAAAGUGGAGAAACAGGUGCAGUCCAUUGAGAACAAGUUGGACCUGCUUCUAAACUUUUAUUCUCAGUGCCUAAAAAAGGGCUCGUCCCAUUUCACUCUGUCCUCCUUCCUGGAGCCUGACCUCACCUCUGACUACCACAGUCCCACUGACCAGCGUGAGCUCUUCACCUCUGCCAACACACUUAACAUCUCCCAUUCAGACAGCGGCAACAUGGAGUGAGCUCUGCACAAAGCGGGAGAACGAUGAGCUGUGACUGCAGCCACGAGACAUGCAGCCAGGAGCUUUAAGUCUCACAUGAAAAAAUCCCGAAAAACCCUUUUUACAGCCUUUCAACUGCUCCAGCCAUUAUCACAUUCUGACAUGGCGUUGCCUACCUCUACACUAAUGUAUGACUUUAAAAUAUUUUCUGACUUGAGUCUGCACCUUGGUACGAUCCCAUUGAGAUGUAAAUGUCCAUAAGUAUUUGAAUGUUAUGAAUGUACAUUUUGUGCGUUUGACCAUUAUGAGCACUACACUUUGUGUUUCUUUUUUUUCUAAAUGCAGUAUUUAUCCCAGAACAUACUGUUUGUGUCUAAUAUUCAUGACAAUUCUGUUAUUCUUCCUCAUAUAAAGAACUCUUUCUUUGUAUUUAUUUUUAUUAUUAUCAGUAUUAUUAUUGUUAGUAUUAUUAUUAUUAUAAGAGACAGUCUUUGUGCAGUUUUGGGGAAAUACUGAAAUUGCAUUUGUUCUAAGAGAUUAUAAACUAAAGAGCAGAGUUUUCUGUCUCUGAAUGGAGACAUGUCCUGGUAACUUUUCAGUCUUCCAAAUGAGAGAGGAUGGGGCACUGUUACUUGACCACAUAAAACUGUUUCAUUUAUGGUCAUCUCUCUCAUUGUUCAACGAAAAACACACGAAUAAGUGUGUGAAUGACAUUUUAUGCACAUUUCAUGUGUUUCUUAUUUCUCAAUGCUGUGAUAUCAGAGUUCUUAACAUGGAUUAGUUAUUUUUAUUGUUUUAUUUUAUUAAAAUCAGUAGGCUUCAAUAAGAAUUCUAUUUUUCUGAGAUUAGCGAUUUAGUCUUCAAAUGAAUCUGAAUGGACUUUGAAUUUUAGAUUUUGAUCUCUGUUUCACUUUUAAGUUUUGAGCUAAUGCAGCAUCCAUUUUGCCACAUGGUGGCGCUGCGCUAUUGAAUGUACAGCAUACCCUUAACCUCACGAUGUGGACAUUUCAGCGUUAUAGUCAGAAGCUGGACAAAGUACAAAAAUGUCUUUUUUAUAAUACUCUUCUUGCAUGGCCUGAACAAACCUGCCCAUGAUGGGAAGAAUGAACCAGGUCUGCUGUGGCACUUUCACAGUACUUUCACACACUAUGCUCACUUCUUAGCUGCUUGUAGCACUUUCUGUGCUGCACAGGUCGGGGUCAAGCUUUCUUUUUGUCUCACAUGUCUCUCAAAAGCCCACUGUGCAAAACAACACACAAAUGAAUAAUUAAUCAAUAAAUGACAUAUAGAUAGGAACUGCAAUGAAUCUUCCUCUGUGAGUAGUAAUGCAUGUUUGGAGGCCUUUUUAAGGACUUGUAGCCCAAGUAGCAUACCUUUCUUUUAUAAUUUAGACAUAAAAGAGAGUUUAGAUGCCCUGUUCUCAUUCUUAGUUUUUUUUUCUUUGUGCCUUGUCCUUUGUUUUCAUCCUGCAUGUAAUUUAGACCAAUUGAAAUGGUGCCACCCUUCUGGAAAACUCAAGGCUCUGCUGUAUGCACUUUUUUACAGCUUUUUAUUUAUUUAUUUUUUUAAGAUCUCUAAUUACCCCACUUUAAGAGGCAUGUAAUGGCAUAAGUCAUUUAUGGACAAAAUAGGAAUGGUCACAUGUUUAUUUUAUAAUAGACUCACUGGGAAUUGUUAUGGUUUCCCAUAUUUGGCCCGUAUAGACUUAAAAGCAUUUUCUGAGCAGAAGCAAUCAAAGUUAAGUGAUUGAUCUAAGACUUUAGUCUUUUUGCAUGAGCUCCAUAUCACUAUCUAUGCAUGUAAUGUUGGGGAGGUGGUGGGGGGGUCCAGCUUUAGUAAGAAGAAACGCUGCAGGGAGUUUGGUUAAACAAGAGCAUGGUAGGAGAAGUAGUGGAAACAGCACUUCUAUGCCUUAUCUUCAUAAUUAGAGCACACAGAUGUGUUUACGAUAUAACGGUAGGCCUAAGCAUUGUUGCAGCCUACUUGUCAUGGCAUUAAUGAAUCAUUUAUAAUGGACUGAACUGGAGUACACACAAUCAAAAAUGAGCUUUUUAACAUAACCUUUUUUGCACCUACACAUGUUCGGAUAUUGUAUCCUUUUGGCAAAAAAGACUUUUAUCCUCCUCUCACAACAUACACACAAUUUCUAUUGCUUUAUAUUUUGUGUCUUUUGUUAAAUCCUUUAACUUGGUUUUCUUUUUUCUUUCCUUUUUAUUAUUUCUAUGUAAUACAUUUCUCUUAUCAUAUCAUUAAUUUCUGCUCUUGAUUUUAUGUUGAGCUCCAUGUAGCUACCUUUAACCGUUUUGAUUUUAUUCAUUGAUAGUGUUUUGAACUUGAUUGUUAUCUGCUAAUGUGAGAGAUUAUUUGAUCUGCAAUAUGUAUGUUCAAUCUUGUAUGAUUGUAAAAGAAGAAUA